AUGCUGAACAAUUUCCUGAGGGGACAUGUUUACAGACUGUCUCAGUUUUCUUCUUGUGGCUCAAAUAUAACUAUUCACCCCCUGAAGAACAUCAUGAAUCUCUAUAUGGGUAAAGUCACCAUUGGAACACUCCCUCAGGAGUUCCAGGUUAUCUUUGACACAGGCUCAUCUGACUUGUGGGUGACCUCCCUCUUUUGCCCCAGUCCAGCCUGUUCUACACAAGUUAGGUUCAGACAUUAUAAGUCUUCCACCUUCCGACCUACCCAAAAGACCUUCAGCAUCGCCUAUGGAUCUGGGAGCAUUGAGGGAUUUCUUGCUUAUGACACCAUUUGGAUUGGGGACCUUAUAAGUGCUGACCAGCCGUUCGGUCUAAGCGUGGUGGAAUACGUGUUGGAGAUUGUGACUUAUGAUGGCAUCUUGGGCUUGAACUACCCCAACAAAUCCUUCUCUGGAGCCAUCCCCAUCUUUGACAAGCUGAAGAAUCAAGGUGCCUUUGCUGAGCCUGCUUUUGCCUUCUACUUGAGCAAGGCAAAAGGCAGUGUGGUGAUGUUUGGUGGAGUGGGUAAAUCCUACUGCCAGGGAGCACUCAGCUGGGUACCAUUGAUCCACGUGGGCAACUGGAGUGUACACAUGGACCACAUCUCCAAGAAAAGAAAUGCUAUUUCUUGUUCUGGCAGCUGCGAGGCCCUUGUGGAUACUGCGACAUCACUGAUCCUUGGCCCAAGAAGAUUGAUCAAUAACAUCCAGAAGCUCAUCGGUGCCACGCCACGGGGUUCUGAGAACUACGUUUCAUGUUUUGUGGUCAAUACCCUGUCCUCUAUUAUCUUCACCAUCAAUGGCAUCAACUACCCAGUCCCAGCUCAAGCCUACAUCCUCAAGGUUUCUAGAGGCCACUUCUAUACCACCUUUAAAAAGAACAAAGUGAGGGCAUCUAGAGAGACCUGGAUCCUGGGUGACAUCUUCCUGAGGCAGUAUUUCUCAGUCUUUGAUUGA